UCUCUGCUGUGCAGAGACCAAAGUGCCUCCAGGCUCCCACCUCCGUCGUGGAGCACUGAGCGACCAGGAACAGACAGCCAAGAGCCAAGUAGCUGAGUUUGCGAAACACAAUCGACUGCUGAUAAGUAGGUGCAGUGAGCUGGGCAGCUGGUCGGUGCUUCCCAAUUAUACCGUGUGGAAUUCAGCCUGUGCAACCUGGGGAUAUUUUCACAGUGUGGUUGGUGACAGCCGUGAGCGAGUGUGAUCGAUCGUCGGGGAAACGGCUCGUAGAGUCUCUGCAGAAAGGUCAACCAAGUCACAGAAGAUAGCAGUUCCUCCAUCUGCCUGAGCAGACGCACGAGGUCACUUUACGGACUUGAGCUUCAACUGGAUAUUGAAGAACAAUUUUCCACGUGGAAAAAGGCUAGCGAGUUUGAAUUAAAUGGCUGAUAAAAAAAUCAGUUUACCCGCGAAGCUGAUGAAUGGAGGCAUUGCUGGCUUAAUUGGUGUCACCUGUGUGUUCCCCAUAGACCUGGCAAAAACUCGGCUUCAAAACCAGCAGAAUGGCCAGCGGAUAUACACCAGCCUGUCUGACUGCCUGAUUAAGACAAUCCGAUCUGAUGGCUAUUUUGGGAUGUAUCGAGGAGCCGCCGUCAAUCUUACCCUGGUGACCCCGGAAAAGGCUAUAAAACUGGCCGCAAAUGAUUUCUUUCGGCAAAUGCUCUCCAGGGACGGGAAGAAACUGACCUUGUUCAAAGAGAUGCUGGCUGGCUGCGGGGCUGGCACCUGUCAGGUUGUGGUCACCACCCCUAUGGAGAUGCUGAAGAUUCAGCUGCAGGACGCGGGUCGUCUGGCUGCCCAGGAGAAGCUCAUGGCAGCCCAGGCUGUGCCCGGCUCCGUGCCCAUGGGAUCCGUCUCCAGCUCAAGUCACGCUACCUCUGCGGUCAAAUCCCAGCAGACUGCCACGCAGAUCACCAAAGAGCUGUUGAGGAACAAGGGAAUCGCCGGUCUCUACAAAGGACUCGGAGCCACGAUCCUAAGGGAUGUUCCGUUCUCCAUCAUCUACUUCCCACUCUUUGCGAACCUUAACCAGCUGGGUCAGAGGAACCCUGGCGAGAAGUCUCCCUUCUACGUCUCCUUCCUCAGCGGCUGUAUCGCCGGCAGCACAGCCGCUGUACUCGUCAACCCCUGCGAUGUGAUAAAGACAAGGCUACAAUCUCUUCAGCGGGGAAUUAAUGAAGACACGUACUCAGGAGUAAUAGAUUGCACCAGGAAAAUCUGGAGGAACGAAGGAGCUAAGGCGUUCCUGAAGGGGGCGUACUGCAGGGCCCUGGUCAUCGCCCCUCUCUUUGGCAUCGCGCAGGUUGUGUACUUCCUGGGGAUAGCGGAAACCAUGUUAGAAAUGCUCCCCAGCUGGCAACAUUAACCCAAAGCGGAGUUAAUGCCCUCCCUUCUGUGCUACGGGCAUUCAGUGCGUCAGCUCAUCAGCACAGCUGGCAAGGCCCAGCUUCAUCGCAGUCAAGACAGAACGUCAGAGGAGGAGGAAGAGGAGAAGGGAGGAGGGUUACAGGAUAGACGACAAGACUUUGGCAUCCUUUCCGAGGAAGCACUGAAGGAGAAGGGAAAGCAGAGAAGCGCUCGCAGGUCUUCGGUGGAGACUGUGGAAUAUGAAAGGCGAAGACAGACCUGAAAAGGCGACUCCUUAAUUAGCGACGAAGAUUUGUUAGAAGAUCAAACGAUCGUGCGAGAGGCUUUGCCUUUGUGGAUCAGAGGCCGGACUGAACACCAUCGAAGGCAUCUGGAGGCUCGGUGGAGCAGAGAGAGAGAGAGAGAGAAAGAGAGAGAGAGGUCGGAGCGGGUAAGGAAGGCAGAGAGAAAGAGAGAGAGAGAGAGAGCAGUGAUGGAGACGAGAAACCGAGGUGCUGGGGCCAAGGCAGAGGGUAAGGAAUCACCCAAGCCUGCGAGCUCCAAGGCCAGCUCAGCGGCGGGAGACAAGAAGGAGUCGUCGGGCAAACAAGCCGAGUCGGUGAAGAAGCCGGUGAUAUCGGCGGCACUGGCGGAGACCACCCUGACCAGCGAGACCCCCGCUCCCGCGGACAACUCGGCCAAAGCCCCCGCAGCCAAGCCCUCCUCCGAGGGCAAGAAGGCGACGGACGCCCAGGCGGAGCCCGAGGAGGAGGGCAAGGAGGAGAGCUCGGAGGGGCAGCCCCGCAGCGCGUACGAUAACAUGAAGCCCUACAUCCUGGGAGGGGCAGUCAUCGCUGGCCUGGCCCUCGCCAUCACCGUGGCCUUCAUGCUCCAGAGGAAAUGAAUGAGAUGUACAAAAAAAAACUAUAGCAAAACGCCACUCAUUUUCUGCAUGCGUGUAAAUUGGAAAGGGAUAGGGUUGGGGUGGCAGGGUUGGGGGUGGGUCGGGGGGGGGGGUGUUUGGGGAGAAAGUUCAGACCCUCCCUUGACGCCAAUUAGUUUUCCGGUCCAAGUAGCGCUGUUGAAACCGCAGUGUCCUUCCACAUCCCACUGAACUCCGCUACCAUAACUCGGUACGUUGUAAAACUGGAUUGUGUAUCUAUCUCCCCCACCGUCUUGCCUACAAAACCUAUCGCAUUGUUAAAUGGGCCACACUUGUCCCCACGCUAGCUUCUUAGUCCUUUCACGAACCUUAAUAGUAACUAGUAAUAAUCUAGUCCCCUGUAGGCGCUAGGUGUGCGUCGUAUGCUCCAGUAGGGAUCGUUGUAAGAGUAACUCCUUUUCCUCUAGCAGAUAAAACAGAAGAUGUAUUUUCCGCAGCAUGUGAACAGUUCCCUGGGCCCCCUUUCUGCAUCCCCAUAUUCCCUUGUUCACUCCAAUCGAUGCCCUCCAUCGAACAGCACAUUGCAAAAAGAACGUUGCCUUUAAUUGGGUCAUUGCCUCUCUCGGAAGAGAUAACAGGGGUCAGGAAGGCCUGGGGUGGGGUAGGAAUGGGAUGCAGUGAGAUGGUAGCUGGUUUCCAGGUCCACUCCUGAGUGAAGCUAACAAUAUCUUUUUAUUUGUGGGGGUCGGGAUGGGAGGAGAUAAGGGAGAGAGAGAGGGAGGGCUGUCUCAACAGUCAGUGGAGUCAAUUUGUGGAAGGAACAGUUUGUCUGACCUUGCUGCACGUAUUGGCUGUUGCAUUUACCUACAAAUACACAG